GUCAGCACGAACGCAUGCGUAGACGACAGCGACAUCGACGGGAAGGGCACGCUCAGGACGCAGCUGCCACCAAAGGAUGCAUAGCCCGAAGGUGUGUCCUGCGCUGGGGCGCAGCGCGAAGCUGCCGCCGCCACUGAAGGGCCUCAACUCACUGCUCCCGCAGCCGAAGGCGUUCCUCGUUCGCGGCGACGAUGUUGAACGCUCGCCGGCCCCGUUCCCGCCGCGCACGCCGCUCUCUCCGCUAGCGACACCGGCACCAGCAGCGUCACGACAAUGCAUGGCAUUGGUGUUUGCACUGGUGCUCGGCGACGACGACGCGCUGCUCAUGCGCGGCCAAGUACUAAUCUGGCACUUACCCGAUGCCAAAAAAGUAGUUAUCUGGUGCUUAAGUAUGAUCAACUGA